AUGAGCCUCAGCCAGAAGGAAUCAGACGUGCAGAUGAUGCUUGCGGCCCAGUGCCACCUGGGCACCAAGAACUGCGACCACCAGAUGGAGCGCUACGUGUUCCGCCGCCGCCAGGACGGCAUCUACGUGAUCAACCUGGAGAAGACGUACGAGAAGCUCGCGAUGGCCGCGCGCGUGAUCGUGGCGGUGGAGAACCCGCAGGACGUCAUCGUGCAGUCGGCGCGCCCGUACGGGCAGCGCGCGGUCCUGAAGUUCGCGCACUACACGGGCUGCAAGGUGCUCUCGGGGCGCCACACGCCGGGCACCUUCACGAACCAGGCCCAGCGCCGGAACUUCGAGGAGCCGCGCGUGCUGGUGCUCACCGACCCGCGCACCGACCACCAGCCCCUGCGCGAGACGACCUACGUCAACAUCCCCUGCAUCGCCUUCUGCGACACGGACUCGCCGCUGCGCAACGUGGACAUCGCCAUCCCGGCCAACAACAAGGGCAAGCACUCCAUCGGCGUGCUCUACUACCUCCUGGCGCGCAUGGUGCUCCAGAUGCGCGGCUCGCUGCCGUACGCGCAGCCCUGGGACGUCAUGGUCGACCUCUUCUUCUACCGCGACCCCGAGGAGAUCGAGAGGCAGGAGGAGGAGGAGGCUGCUGCCGCUGCGGGUGGCGCCGCCCUGCUCACCGAGGGUGGCGAGCUGGCCGCCGCUGACACGGCCAUCCCGUCCUACGAGGUCAACAUGGCCGAGACCCCCGCCGCCCCGGCCGCUGGGUACUAA